GAUGUUAACUUUAGGAGAGCAGGAGGGAGGCAGGGGAAUGAGAUCAGACAAAGAGGGCUUCACUGCAUCUCUGCUGCGUUUCUUUCAGGAAAAAACAUGAUGGUCCUGGAGACAGCAAAUGAAGACUCACGGACCAAUCACAAUUCUUCUGAGGAACCAGAACAGUCAGCAGAUAUGCCCCUGGAAGACGAACACAGAGAUGAAGAUGUUAAUAGUCCAUUUAAAUUUGCUGCGGUGACCACAGGAGCAUUCAUGGCAAAUUCAAGUCUUAGCGACAUUUACAUUGACGAGGAGGAUGCAAAUCAGUUAGAGUUUAUAUUAAUGGUGUUGAUCCCACUGGUUUUAUUUGCCCUCCUAUUUUUAUCAGUGAUAAUCAUUGUAAUACGCUAUAAAAGAAAAAGGAACAAACAAGAGCCUUCUAGCCAAGGAUCUCAGAGUGUCUUACAGACAUGUGAACUGGGAAGUGAAAACAUCAAAGUCCCCAUUUUUGAGGAGGACACACCGUCUGUUAUGGAAAUCGAAAUGGAAGAGCUGGACAAGUGGAUGAACAGCAUGAACAGAAACGCUGACUGUGAAUGUUUACCUACUUUAAAGGAAGAAAAGGAAUCAAACCACAACCCAAGUGACAAUGAAUCCUGAAAGUGAAUGGUGCUAAUGUUUUCCAAGAGAAGCGGCCUGGAGGGAGCCUGCCGAGCCUGCCAGCAGAUGAUGAAGAGGAUGCGAAUUUAAUUAAUUUCAGAUCAACAUAGACAAGAACCUUUUGCUGUUUCUUCCAAUGCCCACUCUUCCUAAUGAUGGCAUCACCUGUACUUGGAAGAAUGCACGAUUGAGAAGCGCUAGGAAGAGGCUUGGCUGCCGUGCAUGAUGACCUCUGAGGGAGGAGGAAGCACGUGGUUUUCACCUCUCAUCAGGGCCUCUGCCCUCCUCUCGGCCAACCUCUCGCUGCCUGGACUCACUCCGGCCACGCUCUCUGGGUCUUUGUUACCUUUCUGCUUCUUCAUUCCUUGGAGUUUCAAUCAGGAAGCUGUUUUAUAUAUGGCUUCCUUCUGGGUCACCUUAUUACCUAAUUAGCUCUGGAUAAUUUCCUCUGAUUAGUCAAGCCCUCUGAUAGGUCAUCUGCAUUCAGCAGGAACUUUCCUCAGGGUGAGUUACAUUAUGCAAAAGACAGAAAACAAAGCGGGUGUUUCACUGUAUACAUCAUUGCAGGGGCUCGAUAUUCUCAGCUACCUGCCCGGAAGACAUAGUGAGAGAGGCCACCGUCCUGAGGAGAUGCUGUUGGGUGCCUCGAGGACUCUGAGUUGGCCAGAUCCCUUGGGACCUUCUCGGAGCACUAGGAAUCUUCAGUGAGAGAGCAAAGUGAUUUCCUUCUCAGCUAAAACCACCUGCUUGUUCGCAUUUCCCCCCAAGCUCAUUCUUGCUCUCACCACACCUCCCUUGCCCGUGGUAUGUAACGAAUACAGGUGCACGGGGGCCUCAGCUGUCAACCUUCUGUUUCGGAGAUGGUUAAGGUCAUUUGAAACAAACAGAAUAGGAAUAGGAAAUCCCUAUGCUUGUGGCAGAUAUCACUCAGAGCCCUUUCCCGUCCAGCUGGGACAAGCCUCGCGUUGUCCUCGACACAGCUCUCCGGAAGGCCACUAUGAGCCCGUCAGAGAGGACGGUCCCCCUGGUGUGUGUUGACGUCCUUUACAAGAAGCAAUGGCGCUGAGGGCAGAAGGGCCUGCUUAUCACUCCCACUCACGUAACAUCAAUCCUCCUUUAAUCCCUAAUUCUCCACUUCUGACCUUUAAAGCAAUCUAGCAAAUUGGGAGUCCUCAGCUUUUCUACAACACCUGGUAUUUUAUUCCAGGGAAGAAGUAAAGAAUGAAAACUUUAUUUAUUUUACUCUCUACAUGUAAACUGAGGGGAGAUGAGGUUCGCCAAACAUUUGCUGCUGAACUGGGGGUCUUGUGUUUGAAAGGCUGCCUUCGUACAGAACAAAAACCGCCCCCUCCUCCCUUUUGGAAUCCCUCUGGCGUACUCGCCUUCCGAACUGUGCCCAUAGUUUUAAAGGCAGAGUUCCAAAGCCGGGGAGAUCUUUCCGCACAAUGAAAGAAAACGAUCUGGUCGUCGUGUUUAACCACUGCUAUCAUGCUAUCCUGGGACUUGACAGAGCUUUGGCAAAAGACAGUGGUAUAUAAUUUCAACCGAUUUAUCUGCCAUAUUCUCAUUAGCACCUCCUAAUAUGGCAUUUUUGUUUUCUCUUCUGUUCUGCACACAUAUUCAAUGUGGGGUCCACAGCGACUCCCAGAUAUUUAUGCCAAGAUUGCCACUUUUCUGAAUCAUCCUUUCUGCCUAUUUUGUUACUUUGUUUCUUCUCAACAUUUUGACUCUCAGAAGAGCCUCAGAUUGCUUCUCUCUCUAAGUAUCCAGGAUUUGUGGUGAACACUGAGGCCUGUACAUUUUAUCCGAGACUAUCAAAUAAUGCGACUUAGAAGUCCAGAGAACUAUAAGGGGUCUUGGAAUCUCAUUUUGAUGAAGCAAUAUUUUAUGAUAGGAUUAAAAUAUUCUCAUUCGGUAUUUAAGAUCAUUUCAAAUUCCAGAAGAAGCAGGCUUCAGCAACACGUCAUUCAAUUUAUGUCUGAAAAAUGUACUAACCUCUAUAACUGCACAGUAUAUAAGGCAUUUUUUUAAAGGGAGAUUAUUCUGGCAAGAUAUAUGAACCAAAGCAGUGAAGGGUCAAUCCUAGCACCCUGUAUCUUUUUAUUACUGUUCAAUCAAUAGGUAUCAUAUAUAUAUAUAUAUAUAAAAUGCAUUUUUGUACAUUUUAAGCAAACCAGGUUUAACAAUAUUGUUGAGUCGAACUUCUCAGGAAACUUGUUUUAAUAAAUAUGUAAGAAUAUCAGUCUGUUACUCUUAACUCAAUGAUGUGACUCCUCUUUCUGGGGAGCUCAUUGUUAUCCAAACACAGGAAUAAGCCAUGGAUCAAACUUUGUAUCUAUGGUUCGGGGUGGGGGGAGGGGGAGGCAAAUGCCUCUAGCAAUGUAAAUGGAUGCUUUAAAAAGGCUUUUGUCUAUUUUUUAAUUUGGGUUGUUUAAACUAUCAGUUUACACCAUCUCUGGAAGGAGGCCCCUAUGAUGAUUAAACAGAAAAUACAGACUUUAGUUUCAAUUUCUGUCCGAAUUGAUACAAAUUCUGAAUGUACUGGAGCGAUAAGGUGUGGUUACAUACUAGGAUGACACUGCUGAAAUUCUCAUUGUGGGGAAAACAUUGAAAUUUUAUGCUGAAUUAAAUUUACACAUGCCAUGUUUUCACACCUAGAGAUACUCAGGCUGAAUCCUGGGGUUCCAUGUACUAGGUACAAUGGGCAGGCCAGACUAGCGUCACUCAUAGGUUAUAUUUCUUCAAUUUUAAAGUAACCAGGAGAGUCACUGUAAUAGUGUGGAAUGGAGUUAGUCCAAUUGGUUAUUAAUAAUUGCAUAAUCCAAACAAUGAAUUAUCUCAAUUUGCUUGCUUGUUUGUCUGAGCAGCUCUUUGACCUUACCUUGGAAUUCUCCUAUCUGGUACCAAAUUUUAUUUUCCUCUUAGUCCUUUUGAGGGUGGCUAUUUGUAGAGAAUCAGUGUUUUGUUUUUGUUUUUGGUUUUUUUGGUUUCUUUUGGUUUUUGCCUUAUUACCUUUUCUAAAUAACGUAUUCACAGGAUAGCAAUCCAUACAGUUAUAUAAAAUUAAACUUUCAAAAAUCAAGUCUAUAGAUGCUCUAAGGUCUUUUUGAAAUAUUUUAGGAAGUUCAAUUUCUAAACCGAAGUACAUCCAAUAACAUGAAGACUUUCAUUUCAGUGCUGUACAGGUUUAGAAAUACAACACUGAACUGUUAAGACAACCAAGGUGAAUGGAUUCUCUUCAGUUGGACGUCAGGUGUGGAGGGCUCAGGUAAUCACACUCCUCACUCCCCAUCACAGUAUCAUCACUGGCCUCUGGUACUUUACAAGGUGAAAUAAUUGGACCUUUUACAAAACCAUAUUCUUCACAUUUGUCACUCCUUUGGUCUGCGUGGCAAGAAUUAAAUGAUUGAUACAUAGAAACUACAAAUAGUAAGCAACAUUUUUUUCAGCGUCAAUAUCAGAUGGAGAGUAAUCACCAUAUUACUCUGACUUAUAAAUUAAAAUUAUAAAUAACAUCAAGAGCUUAGGAAAACUCUACGUGUUUAAUAAAUGUCAGCUUUCAGAAAGAGAGGAGAUUCUAAUUUUCCAACAAGUUCAAAAAUAAUCGGGUAGAUCAUUGGUAAUUUAGCACGUAUGCAUCUUGUUUUUAAAGUUAAGUGAAAAUAAUGUAAAAUGAUUUUAUUAGACUCUCUCAUGUUCCAAGCAGUAGAAAGUGUUUCCUCAGAAGGUCAGUAAGAUCAUCAGAUGUUGUAUUUACUACUUGGCUUCAAUGUAGAAAUUCAACCUUGGAAGCCUCAUGUAAGAAAGGGCCCCAUCACUACUGAUUAGAACUGAUUUAUAAAACUACUAAAGUUGGGUUUUUUUGUUUUUCUUUUUGUUUGUUUUUAGAGAAGGAGGGGAGGAGGGAGAGGGAGAGAGAGAAUCUCAAGCAGAUUCCACACCCAGCAUGGAGCCCAACAUGGGGUUUGACCCCAGGACCCUGAGAUCAUGACCUGAGCCAAAAUCAAGAGUUGGUCACUCACCCAGGCACCCCACAAGUACUAAAGGUUUAAGACUGAUUAAAGGUUUUAGGGUUUUUUCUCUUGCCUUGUAUGCUGAGAAUACUAUACAUGAUAAUAUUUUUCCUUUACAGCUGAUGGCUUUAGAAAUGUCAGAUAUACAUAUGUAUUUGUAUAAAUUGCUCUAUUCUCAGCUGCAUGAUUUUUGGUUAAAAAAAUGAAUAAGUCCAUACCUGCUUGUAUGCUAAAUUGCUCAAUCAUCAGUGAUCGACUUAAAAGGAUUUCUAAAUUUAAUUGAAAAAAAAGCACUAUAAGAUAGGAAUAAAGAAUAUCUUUGACAUUAGUUUCUAUGUAAUUAAUGUAUAUUAACAUUUAAAAUAGAUGUUCAUUUGAAGGUAAGGUAUUUGUUUACUAAAAUGUUGCUGACUGAGAGUAAAGGGGUGAAUUAAACAUCUUUUUAGAGAAAAAUUCUUAUAAUUUAACUUCUGUGACUAUGAAAAAGAAGGAUUGUUACCUUUGAUAAUUAUGCUCUUUUGAUCUGUAUACCUCUUUAAAUAAAUGAAGCAAUGCCAGUUCUAAAAGUU